GUCUUUUUAUCUGAUUAUUAUCCUUUUUCGUUUUUUUUUUCUUUUUUUAAGAAAAGAGAAAUUAACAAGCUGCAACACCUGACCCUGGUCUCGGCUGUUGAAUGUGUACGACUCGACUGUCCAGCAGAACAUUGCGCGAAGGCUGAAUUGGACGUCUCGUCAGCUUGCGCCACACUCGGUUCGACCUAGGUGAGCGCCCCACGCGACAGCGCCUCCUCCUCCCUCCUCCAGCAGGACAUCAUGCAUUUCUUGGACUUCCCUCUUCUAUCGAGUACCUGCCCUCUUCGCACAUCGUGUCAUACUUCAUCACGCUUCGUAUCUCUCAUUAAUUCCAGUCGCUUGUCAUUGACACUCCCCAUGUUUGGUUCCUGAACACACUGACAACAAUUUUGCUGAGUUAGCAACUCAUACUCUCGCCAAACCCCUCACGCUGGCGGGAAGUAAUUAUUAUCCAUGGCUGCGUUGAUGCAAUCGAACAACGAACCUGUCUCCAUCUCUGCCCCACUGCCCGGCUCGUCCGCUCCGAUCCUAUCGACCUCGUCGGAGUCGAUCGCCUUCUUCAAACAACCGAGGCCUGAUUCCAGCCUGACGUCUAUCGCCAGCGCCGGAUUGAACGUCUCUCGCUCAAGAGAAUUAUUACCGCCAAUGACGACCGCUAGUUCAGUUUCCGGUUCGAUGGACCGACCACUCGAACAGGAGAAGGGAUCAGAGCAGCACAAUUCGCAAGUCGCGAGGGAGGCACUCGGCGCCAGCGAAAAGCAGCAGGAUAGCUCGGCGCCAGAUUGCAUACCUUUGUCCUCAGAUCAAAUGCAGGUAGAUUCGAAUCCAGCCCCGGUAAAUGCGCCUGAUGCCUUCGGCACAGCCGAAAAUAAUCCGACCCUGAUGACUACCUCAACAGUAGCCAGUCCUGGUCCAAUCGAGGACUCGGCCUCUCAUGAUGGAGAACAUCCUCGCCAUCGAGAGGGACUUUCUCAAGAACCAGGAAAUAAGUCGUUUUCAUACCCAAUGCCCACAGCCAGCUUAAACGACCCUCGCCGUGGCCUAAGCCUACCCAAUUCUGGCUUUCACAAAGGCCAGCGGUCACCGUCGGCAAAGAAGCACCGUUGCCCUUAUUGCUCGACAGAAUUCACAAGGCAUCAUAAUCUUAAGAGCCACCUUCUCACCCAUAGCCAGGAGAAGCCUUAUGUUUGUCAGACCUGUCAAUCACGCUUUCGCCGACUUCAUGAUCUCAAGAGACAUACCAAAUUACACACCGGUGAACGGCCACACAUCUGUCCCAAAUGUGGGCGCAGGUUUGCUCGCGGGGACGCGUUAGCUCGCCACAACAAAGGCCAGGGGGGCUGCGCCGGUCGUCGUGCCAGUAUGGGAAGCUAUGCUCCUGAGGAUGAAUACGGCGACGCUGCAGCUGCCGGGGCGGCGGAUGACACCAUGGAUGGGCUUGUAUAUGCUGAACCGGAGCGUAUGGAUGAGGAAGAAGAACGGCGGCUCAAUAUGCCUAGUAUCAAGAAGCACGAUUUACCAACAGAAUCGAUUUCUCGAGCUAAUACUGCGCCGAGUUACCCGUCGCGCCAGCCGAGCACGUAUCCCCCUAUUGCAUCCGGCAGACCAUCUCCAGGGGGUCUUUUUCCGCCACCUAGCCACGGUGGCUCAAGCGCGUCGACCUCGCCGAUUUCGCAGUCGGCCAACAUCGCGUUCCCACCCUCCGGUCAGCCAUCGGGCUCGUCUGUAUUCCCCACCAAUAUAACUGAAAGCCCUAAGCCACUUUCUCCCAAUGCUUUAUCGUCUCACCAACUCGGUCACAACCCGGAGAAUAAUUCCCAGCUGCACCGCGCUCAUUCGCCUGGUCUUUCUCAAUCUUUUCAGCAACAAGGGCAACAACCGUACAGCAGGGCUGGCCCCUCAGCGGCUCCAGGGCUGGGCCUUCCCCCUCCUCAAUCGUCUGCCCCCCAGCUGCCCCCGCCUCCUGGCUUAAGCUCUUCUGAAUCCCGGUUUGCGCUUCAUUCACAAGGAUCUGGGCCUCCGCCUGCCUCGACUGGCACCAAACAUACCCCUUCCCAUAGUCAUUCAAGCAAUCACAGCGGGCCAUUGACCUCGAAACCAGGACCGGAAGCAGCUUUGAACAAUGGCAGUCAGCUGCCCGGCUCUCAUGAAGCCAUUUAUCUCGAGCAGAGUCGUGACAGAGAAGAAAAGCUCUGGGCAUAUAUUCGCUCUGUCCAUGAGGAGUUGAACGGUCUGAAAGCAGAAGUUGCUUCGCUAAGGGUACAAUUGGCGUCAGCCAAUGUUAAUGCAUUAGCAACCCCCAGCGUGCCGCUAUCUCAGCCAGAGUCCGGUAGUGUCACUGCUGGGCCACGCUGAACGAUUUUCUCCAUUCUUUCAGAUUGCAUCCCCUCGGCCCGCUGCCUACUAUACAUCUCUUGCUCUCUGGUCAUGUCUCUUUUGUCUAGUGCUUAGACCCCACCCCAAAACUGGUCCUCGCCUCCACCUUUCUCUUGUGGACCACGAAUUCAACGCUGCCCAUAUUCCUCAGAAUACCCGGCAAUUGUGUCGGAAGUCAUUUACCUUGAUCUCCUGCCCGACUGCCAAUCCUGUUAUGCUCAUCCCAUGCUCUUCUUACUUCUCUCUUCAUCUUCCCGAACUCAAAACCUGGACGCCGUUAAUGAACAGUAUCCCAUUGCCGUG